AUGGGCUCGGGCGGCGGGUGCGGCGCCAAGCGGCGCGCCGGCUCCCCGUGUGAGGGCGGCGGCAAGGUCGCUCGCUGGGAAGACUCGAUAGCGAGGCUAGAAGCCGUAGCAGCCGGCGCUGGUGGCGGUGACUGCUGGCGCAGCGAGGAAGAAGAGAGGCGCGCGUGCCGUCGCCGCUGGUGCGGUGGCUGGUGCGGCGCGCACGAUACCAUUCGUGCCGAAAACGGCAAGUCCUACUUGGAGCUGGGCGGUGCUGCGGCACGCGCCUGCUGCGACGGCCGCGCGGCCGGUCGCUGCGCCUCGCGACGCUGCUACCGCGAGAGACGAUUUAAGAUGAUGAAUCUGUGUGCGCUCAAGCUUGCAAGAUUACGUCAGACGGCGGACCCUUCAUUAAGGCGAUCGGUGCUCGUGUGUAAUACGCUACGAGGGAUCGAGCGAGAGAUGGAACGUGAGAACGCCGAGGAGGCACCCUUCGAGCCGGCGUGUGUGGCCGGCGGCGUGGCGCGCUGCGAACUGCUGGGAUCCAGGGACCCAGCCGCCGGUCGCGCAACGCCCUUCCCUACGCCGCCGCCGCCCGAUCGAGAUUCGGGCUAUGGCGACGAGGAGCAGCGCACCAUCGACUGGGGCUCAGUACUGAGCCUUUCGUCGCGGUCAGCGCUCGACCCCCCAGAAGAUACGUGGCCCGACGAUUGGGGUUGGAGCGAGGACAGUUUCGUGCGGCUGCUGGUGCCCACGAGUUAG